UCUAUACUUCAAAAUGUACAAGUUGGUAAUUUUGUGUGCCCUUUCUGCCGUUGUCUUGGCUGGCGAUUUGGACAAAGAUGCCACGAUCCUCACACAAGAGUCGGAAGUCAACUACGAUGGCACCUACAAAUACCGUUAUGAGACCUCAAAUGGCAUUUUCGGCGAAGAAAGCGGCAUUGGCGGACAAGCUGCUCAAGGUCAAGCCAGAUGGGUGUCACCUGAAGGCGAACAAAUUCAACUUAGCUACACUGCUGACGAAAAUGGAUAUUUGCCAGUUGGAAACCACUUGCCCACACCUCCCCCAACCCCCGACUACAUCUUGAAAGCCUUGGCAUACAUCGCUAGCAACCCCCCACACCCCGACACACUCAUCAACAACAAGAAAUAGGCCAUUUAAAUAUUCGUUAGCUGCUAAGUUAGUCAUCGUUGUUGUUGUUAUACUAUUUGCAUAUCAUCAUUU